CCUACAGGAAGCAGCUUCAUACAGACAGCCAAACUUCAACAGCUCUCACUCAAGUUCAUUUUAGACAUAAAAGAAUGGAUUUUCACAUAAGCUGCAACGUAAAGCUGUUCACACUCCUGUAUCUCGCACUGCAGUGUUUUUUAUGGAAGUCGUCAUUGACUGUCUCUGUGCAGCAGGGGCAAAACGUCACGCUGAGCUGCCCGCUUAUACCCAACAGCAGUUAUGGGGUUUUGAGCUGGUAUAAACAGACUUCAUGGCACGGGCCACGGCUGAUCCUCUCCUACAAUAUCACCAACACCUCACUGGUGCGCUACGGCGCGGGACUGGAUCACAGCAGAUAUGCCGUCUUUACCAGCGAAGGGUUAAACACCUGUCACCUCCUACAAAUCAUCAAAACUUUAAGAAAUGACACUGGCACUUACUAUUGCGGGUUUUCGGACAAAAACCAAACGAAAAUGCUCGACAAGUGAAUGCAAAUGCUGUAUUAUAGAUUAUGUUUUAGAUAUUCUACUGAUCUUAAAUGCAUCCUUGUGCAAACUU